AUGCAGAGCCUCUCUUCGGCCCGGAGGGCCGCGCCCUUCAGCGGUGCCAGGACGUCUGCUGCAGCUCCCCGGCCAUGCCUGGGCCUUUCGCUGAGCAAGCGGGCUUCUAUGCAGCAGCAGCAGCGCGCGGCGGUCACCGACGCGUCCCUGGCUGAUAUCGCCGACCUGGAGAACAGGUCCACGGGCGAGGAGGCGGACUCCGUGGGCGGCCUGCCCGUCCUGCCAAGCGACCAGGUCAAGCUGCGCGUGCGCAUGCGCGGCUACGACAUCCGCAUCCUGCGCGAUGCGUCGGACCAGAUCGUCCAGAUCGGGCAGCUGACCGGCGCCAAGGUCUCGGGCCCCGUCAACCUGCCCACCAAGAAGAAGGUGUACUGUGUGCUGCGCUCCCCCCACGUCAACAAGGACGCCCGUGAGCACUUUGAGGUGCGCACCCACCACCGCUUGAUCGACCUCAGCAACCUGUCGGCGCAGACGGUGGAGGCGCUCAUGGAGUGGAGACCAGCAUCGUCUGAGCGGCGCCUGCAAGCGCGCGGCGGCGGCGGUGGCGGCGGCGGCGGCGGCGGCUGCGACGGCAGCCGAAAGUGGCGGCAAGGGCUUGGCGCGGCCGCGGCGCAGCAGGAGCAGCAGCGGCGGCGGCGGGGGGCGGUGCAUGCCGCGCCCGUCGAUCAAAGUGCAGCAGCGGGUGGGAUGACGUAG